AAUUUACUAAAAUUUUAUUACAAAUGGAUUUAACAAGAAGUUCAUUAUUAAUUGUCAGUUUAUUUAUCCAGAUUGUAUAUGUUAAAUCACAAUCGAAUUGUACUCUUAACAAUCUUAUCGAGUGUUGCAGUAGUGAAGGUGGAAAACAAGCGCUAACUUUUAUUCAAAGUCAACCUAUUGGAAUUAAUACUGAACAAGUCGUAAAAUACUAUACGGAUUUGUGCAAGUUUCGUACGUUGUAUGAACAGGCAUCAUUUAUUAAGGCACAAUAUGAUAAAUUAUCAACUGCUGAUUUAACUACUAUGUUUACUACACCUAAACCUACACAAAAAUCUACUAUUACACCCAGAACUACACAGAAACCUACUAUAAUUACACAGAGACCUACUAUAACUACACAGAGACCUACUAUAACUACACAGAGACCUACUAUAACUACACAGAAACCUACUUAUACUAUACUUAGAACUACAGAAAAAUCUACUACACAAAUAAUGAACAAAACUAAUGCUCCAUAAGUGUUCGAAUCUUCACUGGGAAUAAAUUUGAACAAUGUCAGGAGUAAAACAAAACAAACAAAAAAAUAACCCAGUUCAUAACUGUAGCAAUGUAGACAAUUAAUUAGUAAAUACAAAUAUAUAAAUUACAUGAAUACUUUAUUACUUAUACACUUAUUAA